ACCUGCACUCACGUCCCUGCACUCCCUUAAAAAAGCAACAAAAAAGAGCUUAGAAGAAGAAAUGAGGCCAUAGUGAGAGAGAGAGAGAGAGGUCUGUGUGUCUGUGCAUGUAAAACGCGUAAAACAAGAAAAGCAAAAAUUGAAGCUAAAAUGUUAAGAUUUGUCAUCGUACAAUCAUGCUCUCUCGUAUUUUUCUUAGCUUUCUCCACUUGUUUAGCUAAACCAGGACCAUGGGUGAUGAGGAUAAGCUGUGGAGCUCGUGUAAAUGUGCACAGCCCACCAACCAAUACACUUUGGUACAAGGAUUUUGCAUAUACAGGCGGGAUUCCUACUAAUGCAUCGCUUACAAGUUACGUUGCUCCUCCACUUUCCACCCUCCGCUAUUUCCCCCUAUCUGAAGGUCCCAAUAAUUGCUACAACAUUAAAAGAGUGCCAAAGGGACACUAUUCUGUAAGGGUGUUCUAUGCAUUGGUUGCACAUCACGAUCCUGAUCCGAACUCUGACAAUGAACCUCUAUUUGAUAUUUCUGUCGAAGGCACACAGAUUUAUUCUUUGCAAUCAGGUUGGAGUAGCCAUGAUGACCGAGUAUUUACUGAAGCACAAGUGUUUCUUACAGAUGGCACAGCAUCCAUCUGUUUCCAUAGUACUGGUCACGGAGAUCCAGCAAUCCUUUCAAUUGAAAUUCUUCAAGUAGAUGAUAGAUCAUACUUUUUUGGUCCAGAGUGGGGUCAGGGGGUAAUCUUAAGAACAGCGACCAGAUUUAGUUGUGGUAAUGGGAAGUCAAAGUUUGAUGUAGAUUAUAGUGGCGAUCGAUGGGGUGGGGACAGAUUUUGGAGUCGCAUGACAACAUUUGGCCAAGGUUCGGAUAAAGCUAUAUCUACUGAAAAUAGCAUUAAGAAGGCUUCAAAUGCACCAAACUUUUAUCCAGAAUCUCUUUAUCAGACUGCCCUUGUUAGCACUGAUACUCAGCCGGAUUUAGCAUAUACAAUGGAUGUGGAUCCUAACAAAAACUACUCAGUCUGGCUACAUUUUGCUGAGAUUGAUGUUUCAAUCACUGGAGUAGGAAAACGGAUAUUCGACAUCCUGAUUAAUGGUGAUGUUGAAUUUGAAGCAGUAGAUAUCACCAAAAUGAGUGGGGGUCGUUACACUGCUCUUGUACUUAACACGACAGUUGCUGUUAAUGGGAGAACUUUGACAAUAACCUUGCGUCCUAAAGAAGGAAACCAUGCUAUAGUUAAUGCCAUUGAGGUCUUUGAAGUUAUCACAGCCGAGUCCAAAACUUUAUUGGAUGAAGUUCGAGCUUUACAGACAUUAAAGAGUGCAUUGGGCCUUCCCCUUCGAUUUGGGUGGAAUGGUGAUCCAUGUGUUCCCCAGCAACAUCCAUGGACUGGCGCUGAUUGCCAGUUUGACAGAACUAUCAGCAAAUGGGUCAUUGAUGGGCUGGGACUUGACAACCAAGGUUUGAGGGGUUUCUUGCCAAAUGACAUGUCUAAGUUUCACCAUUUGCAGAGCAUAAAUUUAAGUACUAACAGCAUUCAUGGGGCUAUUCCACUAUCAAUUGGAUCAAUAACCAGCUUAGAAGUACUGGACCUCUCCUAUAAUUUCUUUAAUGGAUCAAUUCCAGAGAGCAUUGGACAGUUGACAUCAUUGCGGAGAUUGAAUCUCAAUGGCAAUUCUCUAUCUGGAAGAGUCCCAGCUGCACUGGGAGGAAGGCUUUUGCAUGGAGCUAGCUUCAAUUUUACUGAUAAUGCUGGUCUUUGUGGUAUACCUGGAUUGCGGGCGUGUGGACCCCACCUCUCUGCUGGUGCGAAGAUUGGCAUUGCCUUUGGUGCAUCUGUGGCAUUCCUCUUCAUGGUUAUCUGUUCAAUGUGUUGGUGGAAAAGACGGCAAAAUAUUCUCCGUGCACAGCAGAUUGCAGCAAGAGGUGCUCCCUAUGCAAAAGCAAGGACCCACAAUGCGCAUGAUAUUCAGAUGACAAGGCAUUAUAAUCAUGGUCAUGCACGGACAGCUGCUGAGAAUGGGCCUAGCUUACUGUCUUGAUUAAUCAACCGUCACAUUUCAGAAAUCAGUCUGCAUGAACUUUCCUCCUGCUUUGGUUUCUGGAAUCGGAGUUGCAUCUAGACCUGAAUCCCAUCACCUGAUGACUGAUUUGGCACACUUCUCAAAUCACACUGCUGCCUAUGUGCCCAUUUCCUUGAGGAUUUUGUGUAGUGAGGUUGGAGAACUCGGUUAGAAAGGACCUUCGAAACAUCAUUUCGUCUUGGUGUGCUACCAAAGGCCAUAUAAAGUGGAAAAAGUCAUGUACAUUUCUUCAAUUCUUUGGUUCAGUUCCCGCAAAAGAAAUAUAGUAUUAAGUUAAAGAUGGACUGAUGCAUAUAGAUAUAAUUGAAUAUAUAUAUAUAUAUAUAUAUAUAUGCCAAUUUCUACAAAGCAUUUGUAGAUUUGAAGGAACAUGCGUCAUGAUACGGCCCUGGCAUCAUAGGUCAUACAAAAGGUCAGGUUGAGAGGAUGGUAGGAUACCCAAUGAAUCUCUAUACUUUAAAAAAAAGGUUAGAUAUUAUGUAACCAGUAUUUGCUUCUUGUUCUUUUCUUUUUUAAAUUGCAUUUGUGUUCUUCCCCUCUUGUGCCUUCGGAAUGUUUUUGCCGUGGCUUGAAUUCUACAAAUUUGAUUAACAUCUUAUUUUAUUCUUUCUUUCUAAA